UAUUUAAAUUGUGGGUGAGGAGAGGCGUGAUCAGAGCCGUUGAAAUGGCAUUUAAGACGGUGACGCGUUUACUGAGAGUGAUAAGCAUCAGUUUCCGUGUUUGCGAGCCUUGUCUACUUUGUGUCCCCUCAUAAUCCUAACGUCUCUAAAAUGGCUGAUUGGGGUCCGGUGGUCAUCGCGGUGGUGCUGUUCGUGCUGCUCAGCCCGGGGCUCCUGUUUCAGAUACCGGCUAGAGGAAGGGUUGCUGAGUUCGGUAACAUGCAAACCAGCGGUGCUGCCAUUCUGGUUCACGCCGUCAUCUACUUUGGCCUCAUCACCAUCUUCCUCAUCGCCAUCGGCGUUCACAUCUACACUGGCUAGCUAUCUCCCCUCCAUCUCACUCUAUUUCGCGCAUCUCUUUCUCCCUGCUUUUUACUUUUCUAGAUUUACAUUCCCUUAGCAUCUACUCGUCUCUAAUUUCUGUAUCUGUAUGUGGGUUGGGAUAAGGAACGAGGAAGAUUAGGAUAAGGAUGAUGUUAUGUUCUGUUGUCUUGUCUUGUGUUUUAUGGAGAUAUCAAUCGUGAUCGGUGAUCCUUUUUUCUUUCUCA